AUGGAGGGAGAAUCUGUUAUCCUUAGCCCAGCUGUCCACUACGCUAUUGCCUUCAUCUACUUUAUGCUGUCGAUCGCCACAGUAAUACUUAAUUCAAUCAUCAUCCUUACCUUCAUAAUGGAUCGUUCGUUGCUGUUUCCUGCAAAUCUCGUGAUCCUCAGUAUAGCUGUAUCUGAUUGGCUAGUUGGAUUAGUGUCAGAGCCAAUGGGUGGCUUUGCUAAUGCGUCGUCAAGUUUAGUGUUUAGCCAUAAAACCUGCCUCUUAUACGCGUUCAUCACCACCUUGUUUGGCCUGGGAACUAUGUUACAUCACGCCGCGUUUGCAUUCGAUCGGUACUUGGUCAUUUCUCGACCAAUGAAAGCCCAACAUUCUGUUAGACGAGUCUUGGUAGUAAUUACUCUUCUGUGGACCUUUGCCUUUAUUUGGAGCCUGUUUCCCCUGUUGGGAUGGUCCGCGUAUGGUCCCGAAGCGGGCGACAUUGCCUGCUCCAUCCGUUGGCAGUCAAGCCGUGCAACAGAUACCUCGUACAUUGUUUUCUUGUUCGUUUUUUUCUACUUCAUACCCCUGACCAUAAUCGGAGCUUCUUACAUCGCUAUUUUCAGAAACGUGCGGUACAUGACAAAGAAUGCUCAAAAAAUCUGGGGCGCUAACGCUGCCGCCACCCUAGAAACUGUGAAAGCCUCUUGGAAGAUGGCAAAAAUUGGUAUGAUCAUGGUCUUUGGGUUCUUCUUUGCGUGGACACCGUACGCCGUAGUAUCGUUUUACGCCGCCUUCGUUUCUGCUGAAGACGUCUCUAUUGUUGUCGCUGCCAUCCCAGCGAUAUUUGCCAAGACGUCGACUUUAUAUAACCCCAUCAUAUAUUUCUUCACAUACAAAUCAUUUCGCGAAAGCUUGCUGGCAUCAUGGCGGCGAUAUCGAAACAGAAACAUGGUCCAGCCAUUCCACCAAGCCAGCGAAACAGGUUUUGUCGUCAGAUCAAGGGCGACCAGAGCCAAUGACACUUUUGCUUCUACUUCUGUGGAGGAAAUAACUUUGUAACUGGGAAAUUAACAUUGAAAUGAACAAAGUAGGAUAUACUUUCAGAGAAGAGCCCACCAAAAAAAAUAUACAUGGAAAAACAAACGGAAAUACACGGGGCCCCCAAAAUUUAGAAAUACGUGGGUCCAAGGAAAUUAGGAACGCACUUUUUAAUGACCAGUGAAUUUCCUACUGAUCACCAAAGUGGGUAAAAACAAACCUAUAAGGUUAAAUAAGUCAAGAACAAGAUAAUCAAUAAAAACUUGACAACCAACCCACGAGGCUCUACCUUAAACCAAAAGAGGAACUCUCACGUAGGUAAUAAUCAAGGUCAGCUAUAAUCCCAAACAUGCCAACUACAAGGACUGACAAUCAAAUUUGAUUAAACCACAAGAUAAAUGUCACUCAUGUUGACAAACCCAUUACAAAGGUAACAACACUCAAAAACCUGUCGACACAAAUACGGAUUAGCCUUGAUCUACAAACUUACCGUCUGGCACGAAAUUUUUGCAGGAGUUUAUUUUUGCGGAUUGGCGAUUUUUAGUGUUUUGCGGAAACUAAUUUUUGCGAUUAGGACAGAUUGGUUUUUCUAGCUGGGAAUUAACUGUUGCGAUUUUCAGAAAGUACCCAGUACCCAGCAUUGAUAGUAUUUUCGUUUUUAUUGAGUACGUGCAUUAGAAAUACAUAUUUUCAAAAAUAUACCAGUAUUUCGUAGUUUCUGAAUGAAAGAGUAAAGUUGUGAUUGAACAGACACAAUUUCUUAGUACUGUAUUUUUGGGUAGCGAAUUUAAGUUGGAGAAAAUUGCGGGAAAAAUGUCUGCGGUAAUUUUUAUUUGCGGGAACUUACUUUUGCGCAUCGCUGGAAAAACCGCAAAAAUUGCAAAAAUUAGAACCCGCAAAAAUUUCUUGCCACACGGUAGUCAUAACGCGACUCAAGGCACGAGAGAAAAUUCAGGUGUGACACAAAUUCUCAAAAUAAACUAGCAAAUACUUUACAUAACAGGUAUAGAAAUAGCAGUGGUAAAGGCAGUGUUAGUGGUACUGUUAGUGGUAUUGGUAGUGGUAAUGGUAUUGGUAUUGUUAUUAGUAGUGUAGUAGUAGUAGUCUUGAUAGUAGUAGCAGUAGUAGUAGUAGUAGUAGUAGUAGUAGUAGUAGUCGUCGUCGUUGUCGUCGUCGUCGUCGUCGUAGUGUUAAAUGUAGUGGUAGUGGUAAUGGUAGUGGCAGUGAUAGCGCUAGUGGUAGUAGUAGUAGUAGUAGUAGUAGUAGUGGUGGUAGUGGUAGUGGUAGUGGUAGUGGUAGUGGUAGUGGUAGUGGUAGUGAUAGUGUUUGUGGUAGUGGUAGUAGUAGUGGUGGUGGUAGUGGUAGUAGUAGUGGUAGUGGUAGUGGUAGUGGUAGUGGUAAUGGUUGUGGUAGUGGUAGUGGUAGUGGUAGUGGUAGUGGUAGUGGUAGUGGUAGUGGUAGUGGUAGUGGUAGUGGUAGUGGUAGUGGUAGUGGUAGUGGUAGUGGUAGUGGUAGU